GUUGAAAGUUCGUGUUAUAGCGCCCUCAGCUCCAUUGAAUACUGAAUAAUUGACAAACAACAUGGCGGACGUAGAAAACGGUUUCAAGGCAACAAGCGGAGGAAUUGUUGGACGAUGAAACCCUCGCUGAGGAGAAACUUUUUGAGGAGCUUGAGACUGAAGAAGUCCCCGCCCACAUCAGGGAGGCCCGAAUGCUACAGCUGAAAGACCAGCUUCAGCAAUUAAACGAUCACCAGUUGAAGGGUUACGGCACUUACUGUGAGAUAAAAAAGGAGAAAGACCUCUUAGAUCUGACAGUAAAGGAGAGGAACGUCAUCGUUCACUUCUUCAAAGCAGACUUCAAGUUGUGCAAGCUUAUGGAUUCUCAUCUUGAGGCUCUAGCAGAGAAACACUUUGGAACCAAAUUUGCCAAAGUCAGCGUCGAAGUGGCCAAGUUCUGUGUGGGCAAGUUUGGUAUCAAAGUUCUUCCAGCGAUUCUUGUCUUCAUUGAUGCAAAGUACAAAGACAGGAUAAUUGGGUUUGAAGAAUUAGGAAACAAUGAGAACUUCACGACAGAGAUGCUGGAGAGAAGACUAGCAAAAAGCGGAGUGAUCCUGCUGCCUGACGUUCAGCCACAGGAGAAUAAGACGUUACUGGGCUACGACCGCCGAAAACCUGACGAGGAAAGCGAUGAUGAGGAUUACUGAAAUCACUCCAAAGAUGGCAGGCAGUGUCUAGAUCAUGUGAUGAUGUCAAGUCACAUGACUGGCCACGGUGGCCUUAUAAGGGAACGGUGUACAGUAGUUAUGGUGGCCUUCACCACAGGGCCGUAAAAGGAAAGAUAUAAGGGAGAUUAAAACAGCAACAAAAUCCAUCUGCUGCAACUACCCACGUGCUGUAAACGUUCCUUUUUGCCAGAAACCUGUGUCUGCUUCACAGAUGAAAUUCAUGUGCUUGGCAACGUUUUUUUUAACGGUGCAGAUUGAGUAUUGCCACUGACUGUUUACUCCAGUGAAGAUCUGUUAAUUAUCAUGGUUUUGUGAAAAGUAUGGAUAGCUAUUUCUUCCAUUUAAUGUGUGUGUCAAUAUUUUUACAGGCCCUCAUAGGCAUUGGGUAGUUGGUGUUGAGAUGAAACCCCCCCCCCACCCCCUCACGGUAUACAAUUGUGUUAUGUAUUUCCAUGCGUAAUCAGCUGUUUAAUACCCUUCCCUUCCACCAGGCUGGCUACGGCCCUGUACUGUGUGAAUUCUUCAAAUGUGGUCUAUAGAAAGAGGACAUUCAAACACCAAAGUGUAGACCUUAUUCACGAGAAAGCCAUUUUGAUCAUGUUUGCUGAUUUUUAUUUACACAUGUGCAAUUUUGUCGUGCGAUAAUGUUGCGCAUAUUUACAUACCCGCACAAAUCAAUGAGCACGUUUACAUUUACGCGACAAAGUUGUGCGACUAAUCGCGUUAACAACUUUGCAAAAAUCUCACAAUAUAUCUUGUGUUUGUUCGUUCACACUUGCCUGUGAGUGACAUUGCUGCGCGACAUAGUUGUUGCGACAAAAUCACGUAUGUGUAAACACCUAACCGUUAAUUCACAGCGCCUUGAGUACGUAACUGUGGUUACAAGACUUAUACGACUCUGGUACUACUACUACUGUUGAAUGGGAUGGUGCCAGACUAUUUAUUGGUUCCAAGCCUUACUUUUAAUUUGUUUUUUUAAUCUGGCUUAAAACAUUAGUGUAUCAUUAAUCACAAAUUUUCAAUUAUUCAUCAGAGCAGAGUCUGCUCUGUAAUUAACUAUAUUUCACUACUUUCCUUUCUAUUUGCAAGUUCAAAAAUGUAGUUUUUACCUUUUUCAAUUUAAUAUGGCGGACUCGUGAAUACGGCCUAUUAAGUGCGUGCUGAAACAUUUAAUAACUCUCAACUGAUGAUGCGAUACUUUCUCCAAGUUUGGCCCAAAAUAUGGUAUCUAUUUUCUAUCGUUGCGAUUAAAAUAUAAAAGGAUAAAUUCUCUUUUAGAUUUUUCAGAGAAAAACAUCAGUAUUGAAAAUGCACUGAGACAGUGUGUUAGCAGAUUGUUCACCAAUCUUUACUUUUUCUUUUGUAGAAUGCAAACACUGAAAGUCUGGGUCUUCACUUUUAUCUUAACAAAAUAAUGCGAUAGUAACUUAUAAACUUGGAUCAGGACUACCAGAUUAUAACCCAAACCUAUUGUACAUUUGAGUUUUUUUAUAAUGCUACUGAUUGUUGAAUAUCUUUUUAAGUCCUCAAAACUACUGUACAGUCUUUAUUGUUCAUGUUGCUCUUUGUAUUUAUUUCAACUAUUGCAGUGUGUUUGUCAUUGAAUAUAAAAAAAACUAUUA